GGAAGUUUCAAUGUAACACCACAACAUUGAGCUUUCAGACAGCACAGUCCCUCUCUCCUAUCUGUUUCUCUCCCUCCAUCCUUCUCUCCUACCUUUCCCUGGUAGCAGCAGCAUGGUUCUGUCUGCAGCCAGUCAGCACCUCCUCAGGGUCAGUCGGCCUGGUGCCUGGGGGCAGCACCUCCUCAGGGUCAGUCGGCCUGGUGCCUGGGGGCAGCACCUCCUCAGGAGGAUUGGAUCUGUUUACACCACUGCCAAGGGGUUCCAGGAGAAGGAGAUCCGAGAGAAACUCCAAGCUCUCCCUGGGGGAUCUAUAGACCUUGUCAAACAGGAGUCGGGCAUCGCGGUACUGACCGUCAACAACCCUGCUCGCAUGAACGCGUUCUCUGGUUCUAUGAUGGUGGAGCUGGAAGAGAGGGUGUCCCAGCUAGAGGAGUGGACGGAGGGCAAAGGUCUCAUCAUCCAGGGGGCUGCCGGGACAUUCUGCUCUGGGUCAGACCUCAACGCGGUCAGGGCUAUAUCCAACCCUCAGGAUGGGAUGAUGAUGUGUAUGUUCAUGCAGAAUGCCCUGACCAGGCUACUGAGACUGCCUCUGUUGUCUGUAGCUCUGGUGGAAGGGAGCGCACUGGGAGGAGGAGCUGAGCUCACUACUGCCUGUGACUUCAGGUUGAUGGCGCCAGGCGGUGUGAUCCAGUUUGUCCAUAAACACAUGGGUCUGGUCCCUGGUUGGGGCGGUGCAGCUAGAUUGGUGCGCAUCGUAGGCGGCCAGAACGCCCUGAAGAUGCUGGGUGGCGCUUUGAAAGUAGACCCAGAGAUGGGGCUUCAGAUUGGGCUUGCGGACGGGGUCCUGGAGGGUUCCCCGGAUGGGUCUGGAGCCAACACCCUCCUGGAGGCAGAGGAGUGGUUGGGACGCUACACCACGGGUCCAGCCCCGGUCAUCAGAGCCAUAAAGAACGUGGUGGUGUCUGGGAGAGAGCUCCCCCUGGAGGUGGCUCUGAGCACUGAGAGGGACGUGUUCGGGACCGUGUGGGGAGGACCGGCUAACCUACAGGCUCUGGCCAAUAAGGCCAAACACAAGUGAAUUAACUAGUCUUGCGAUUUACAUUGUAUUCUCGUCCUAAUGUUCUGGAGAAACCGAGAACGUCUGGAGUGGAAGCCGUCCACCAGAAGACUGAACUGGAACACUAGGACGGGAUGUAGAGGGUCUGAACUCAACCAGAACACACUGAACUAGUGUAUUCAUUCGGACAAUUCUGUUGCUUAAAAAAAAAAGGGUCUCUUAAAACAGAAGCAAAUGAAUCCUACCUGUAUUUGUCCAAUAGCAACUCUAGUUUUAGUUGGGAAACGUUUUGGCAGAAUGAAUACAUCCCUGGACUGUGCUCUGGGAGUUUGUCAGUAUCCAAUGGCAGAUUUAUAUUGCUGUGUUGUGAGUGACCACUAACAAUCAAUUAUUUUUUGUGAAGGAAUUGUUGCCGACUGUUGGGACAAUUAUAUGGACCCCGUCUAAAAGUUGUAAUGUAAUAUUCAUCAGUAGAGAGUCAGAUGAGACACUAGUUGUGACAUGUGAAGAUGGUAUUGUGCCUUUUGGCUUUUGUGGCUCUACUACAGUCCAUUAACACUGGGGCGACCCCCAACGCCGGGGGCGACCCCCAACGCCGGGGGCGACCCUCUUCAUUACAAUGCAAGCUUGAUGUAGAAAAAAAAACAAGUGCCCGCAUUUAUUAAGUCUCUUCCACAAUUUCUUCCAUUGUACUACAAUUACAUGGCAAUGACUAAACAUAUGACAAAACAA